CUGGUGCUUCUGCAGCAGCUCCUCUUGCACUGCCCGCCCGCCCGCCCGCUGCCGGUGUCGGGUCGCCGGCAGAGCGGCCCCGCUCCUCUGCAGGGCUGCGCAGCUCCUGACUGACAGAGAGAUGAGGGGUGGGGACGCAGGGUGGGGUCACAAGCAGGGAGAGGCGGAGGAGGAAAAGGCAGAGAGAGAGAGCCCAGCCCUUGAAUACACGGCAACAACACGCCGACAGAGAGAGAGAGGGAGAGACACAGAGAGACUGGCUGUUUUUUUUUUUGUUUUUUGGGGGGGUAAAAGCACAGGGAGCCUUCGACGCCGCGGAUAUGAACUGAAAAGAAACACUGGAAGAGGCAGGGAUCGUGUUCCUAUAUCCCGAAAUAUUUGACUGUAAAGGUGGAAAACUAGCACCCCCAAAAAAGCCCUCCUCUCUCUCCCUGACAGUUCUGAUUCAGAUAGAGCUACACCCAAAGCCCCGACCGACCCCCUCCUGCUCCUGCUGCUCCACCCCUCCGCCGCUGCACCGCUCCGGCAACCGAGAUGCACACGGAGACCCGUAACAAGAAAUGUCAGUCAACUCCAAAGCAGAAGAAGAGUGCGGUCAGUGCCCGGAAGAGGCUGAGGAGCCCGGCCAAGCAGAGCUCCUUGACCCAGCAAGAACCGCCACCUUCUUCAUCACCUCUGCCGCCCACAGUCCAGGAAGAGGAGGAGAAGAAAGAAGAGCCCGCGACCAGGCCACGGCCAACGCAGGGAGAAGAGGAGGAGCUGAAGGAAGUGGCGACACAGUCUGUGAGGGUGAAAGAGGAAGAAAAGAAAGCAGAGGAGGAGGGCGAGAAAGACAUGCCCUCUGUACAGAUCAAACCAGAGCCAGAGGAGAUGGAGUGCACGGCAGAUAUAGGUGAUGACGGCUCACAGCCGAAAGACCUGAAGGUGAAGAAGGAGUGCAAGACAGAGCCCUCCUCGCCUCAUCCGAGCCCCACUGAGGACCAGACUGAGCCCGUUGACCUUUCGCUCAACAAACCUCGCUCCGCUUCGACAACGAGCACCACAGUCAACCCAGCUCCCAGCAGCGCUGUGACCCAGCCCAGCCUGUCAGCCACACCUGUCCCCUCUGCGGUGCAAUCGAUAGGCUCCAUGGUCCUCUCUCCAGGAUCCAUCUUAGCCACGCAGGGCGCUGGAGGCCAGCAGAUUCUCCACGUUAUCCAUACAAUCCCCUCAGUGACCAUGCCCAGCAAGGUGGGUCAGCUGCAGACCAUCCCUGUGGUGGUGCAGUCGCUGCCUGUUGUCUACACCACCAUGCCUACUGACGGUGUCGCCACAGCAGCCAUUACGGUGCCGCUGAUAGGCAGUGAUGGGCGCUCCGAAGGAUCUGUUCGGAUCAAGCCAGGUUCAACAUCUCCAGUGGAAUAUCAAAGUGAAAGCGAUGCAGAGAGCGGUACAGAGUCUGGAUCGGCUUCCAUCAGCGCCCAGAGCCUUGAUGCGGGGUCGGUUAUGGACUUGGAGCCCGUCGAUCCAGAUUCGCCAGACAUCAAGAGGCGACGGAUCCACAUGUGCGACUACGAAGGCUGCAAAAAAGUUUACACCAAGAGCUCCCACCUCAAAGCCCACAGGAGGAUACACACAGGAGAGAAGCCCUACCACUGUACCUGGGAAGGCUGCACCUGGCGCUUCGCCCGCUCCGACGAGCUGACCCGACACUUUCGCAAGCACACCGGAAUCAAACCCUUCCGCUGCACCGAAUGCGACCGCUCCUUCUCCCGGUCUGACCACCUCUCCCUGCACCGCCGCCGCCACGUGAUGAUGUGAACUCUGACUUCCUUCCUUCCUCUCCCCUGAUGCCCCCAGCUCCCUAUCAAACUGACCUCUGACCCUUUGAUUUCUCAAAAACAGCACAUCUUGUACCAGUGCCCCUACACCUCACACUAUACUUCCUGUUUCCUCUCUGCUCUCCUGCGGGAUUUUAAACCCACCUUGCAAAUAGAAAAAAAAAGGACUUUACCUUCUCCUCCUCUUCCUCCUCAUCUUCAUCUCACAGUCAUAGGACAAUUGUGUCUGUGUGUUUGUUCGGUGGUGGCAGCAGGAUGUUUUUUGCUGCGUGUGUGUGUGUCUGUCAUCAUUACCGUCCAGCCCAAAGCAGUCCUCUCUACCAUCCUCCGACUCAGUCACACAAGAUGUUGCCUCCUCAGAAAGAGAAAGGAUGGACUGAAGGACAUCCAGCAGCAGGGACUUUCAUGCUUCCAUCCAUCCAUUACAUGCAUCAGUCCAUCCAAAAGGCAAAGAGGAAGAGGAGGGCUCACACAGAUGUCACUUCAGCUGCUCUUUUCUUGAUUUACAGUUUUUAUUUUGUUCAUAUCCUGAGUUUGGAAUCUACGUGACUCCAAAAUUUAUUUUCUUGGAAGCUAAAGAGACUUCCGAGGACGCCGCUUCCCGCCACUGCUUUUCCAGGAAAAGUUGUUUUUGAGAACUUUGAGUUUCGUUCCACCCCAGUUAUAUUUGCCUGAGGCAAAUGUGAUCUUACUGAAUGACCUUUUGAUCAAAUAACAGGUACAUAAAUAUAAAAUACAGCAUUACGCAAAAAUGCUCCAGGUAUCAUUAUAGCUCCUUAAAUAUUAAGUAGCUGCGACUUGGAUGACAGUAAACUGCUUACAAUUGCUGAAUAUUUGGACUGUCUUCGGAUUUCAAAGUGGAGCGUAGAGAAGUGCAGUUCCUGGAGUUCUUUAGUUCCUGGUUCUGUUUGUAAAAGUAAAAGAACCAAAACUCAUUUAUCAUAAAUUCAGAUGAGGUAUUUACUUAACUGUGCAUAUCGGUGUGUGUGUGUGUGUGUGUGUGUGUGUGUGUGUGUGUGUGUGUGUGUGUGUGUGUGCGUGCGUGCGUGCGUGUGUGUGUGUGUGUGUGUGUGUGUGUGUGUGUGUGUGCGCUUAUUUCAUUGACAGCAGCUGAAGUGACGUCAGAUGCAUCAGCAUGUCUGAGGCUAAAACACUGCGCCCCACCCUCCCAUCGCCAUUCGCCUCCUUCUGCCCUAAACCCCCGCCACCUCCCCCGGUACAGGGAGCUACAAGACUGUGAAUUUAAUAAAACUUCAUUUGUUUUCAUUGUAUCGAUCUAUCGAUCACGUGGUUGUUAUCGCCCCGCCCCCUCCCCCGCCGCACACACCUUUCCGAUUCCUCUUGAAUAACAGUAUUUGCUUUGUUUGCGCCGUAGUCGCUGUUGUUUUAUCAGAAAAACACAAAAAAAGGCCUUUAGUCCUGUCUACAUUUUUUCUUUUCUUUUUUGGUGUUCUAAACAAAAUGUUGUACUUUUGGUUUUUAUUUAAAAAGAAAAAAAACUUUCAGAUCUUUUUUUUUUGUCGUUGUUUUCUGAGGCUGUGAAAAAGACAGAGGAAAGGACACAAAUAGAUUGAGAAUACAAGUAAAACUCUCAUGCAGGGAAUAGGGGAGCUUUUCUGAGUGUGCGUGUGUGCGUGUCCGUGAGUUAGUGUGCAUGUUUUGAGACAAACACAUAAUCAAGAAUUUAAGAUUUUUAUGAGUGCGUUGUUCCGGGCACUUGUUGUUCUUUUACCUCUUGCCCGUCGAGCCUUAAUAACCGAAGUCAAUCUGUAAGGGCAAAACUAGAACUGCCGACAGACGACGACUGGCCACAGCGUUCGCUUUAGUUCAGUUGUUUAGUUUUUGAAGUUUAAAAACAGGAAAUUAAAGGUGUUAUGUGUGGAAUUUGUUUCCGUAUUUGGUGAGAAAAGUUUUUUUGGCUGAAAAAAACAUGCUUGCUGAUUUUCAAGCCUUUUAAAAUAGAAAUUUUAACAUUUAUUUUAACAGUGUCACCAAAGUGAGUUGAACCUAAAGCAUUUCAAAGUCUUAACAAAUCAGAUGGUUUGAGAAUUUCCAGCUUUUGCUCAUCAGACUCUUUCGAGACUGUUCUUUUUUAAUAUAAUUAAAUGGUUUUGUAACCUUGCAUCGUUAUGAGAGCAAGAAGACUGAUAACAGAGUGGUGACGGUCGUCUGUCGGUGGUUCUGGGAGAAAUCGGGCGUCUCGUAGGGCUGUCGGGGUCCAGGCGCCUGGGGUUUAAACCACGGGGAAACUUAAGCGCUCUCCUCACUAGCAUUUCUACCAGGGUGGGGGUCAAUUCACUCCGGUUUGUUUUUAAUGGCAAUAGAAUCUCAGUUAAAAGCCUCGAGUAGAUACUAACAGAUGAAUCGUGUCUCGAAUUGGGUUCUUUUGGAGCAGAAUCGACCCCCGCCUCACCCUGGUUCCUUACCCACAGUGUCCAUGUCUUAAGUGGGCUGGUUUUCAGCUCCCGAUCCGGGCUGAACUUGAUUAUGCAACAUAACGCAGACGCAGCUCCAAGCGCUGUUCUGAUCUCAGUCCUAGAGCACUAGCUGGUAGUCGGGUUCCUGAUAAGCAGCUCACGUAGGGUUGUUGCAGGAACCUUAAGAGGAAGGUCAGGUUUGUGUAGAGGCCUGCGCUGUUGAUCACUACUCUGUGUUGGUAUAUAAGACUUAAGGUGUGGAAACACAUCCAUAAUUUCAAACAGACUUGGUAAUGAGCGAGUGGGGAGCUGGGGUUGUGAUGGACGGAGCAGGCUUUUCUCAUCCUGGCUCGUCUCUUUUCAAGCAACAACCCCCACCAAUAAAAAACGGCUACACACAUUUUGCUUUGAAUUCGUUCUCGCCAUUUACAGUCGUCUUUGUCAUCAUUUCAGAAGCUAGUAAGUGAGAGCAAAAUGUUUUACAUCUUGACUUUUCACAUUGCGAUAAAUGAGAUGGACAUGCAGGCUUGCUGUGAGCUGAGCGCAUGCCGUGAAGAGGGCAGAUUUGUUGCGUGGUCUCCGCGCUGCGAAACCGAAGAGAAUCCGUCUUAGCCGAGUCACUGAAUAUGGUUUAAAAAUGAGGGAAUCUGUUCCUGUCUUUCCAUUUCCCAUCAGGGGAAGCAUUACUUAGAAUUCAGUCACUCGCUUGGAAGGAUUUUAGUGGUUUAUUUGUUAUGUUUUUGCAGCGCAGAGCAAUGCAAUGUUCCCAUUUCUCUUAACAUCCCCUGCUUCAAGUAAAAAAACAAAAAAAGAAGUUACUAAGCACAUCUUUCUAGGAGAGUAUAUGCAUUUGAUUGCAAUUUUCUUUCUUUUGUAAACUGUUGAUAAAGACAUUAAGGACAAUGACAAAUAAUUAAGAGAAAUCCGUGUACAUAAAUGUAUAUAAUCAAAGUGCAGAGUAAAUGUAACGGGUGAAUUUCUAUUUUUAACACUGACUAGAUAAUGUGAAAAAUCUUUUUUUUUCUCUCUUCUUCCUCUGUUGGUUUGAUGAAAUGUGUUUUUCAUCACGUGUAUUUUUUUUUCCAAUCUAAUACAUUUGUUUCGUAGUUUCUUAAAAAAAGAACAAUUAUAUGGUCCCACUUGUGUUGUGCACAUUUGUGUUGCAUGGAGAGUAGCCUUCUUGUUUUCUUAUAGUGACGUUGGUGAGCAUGUCAAGUGCGUGUGAGACCGUUGAGAUGCCCCAGCAGGGGUGGGGGUGGGAAACGACCCCCUACUCAACUAACUAGGGAUUCAUUAUAACAACCGAGCUUAAUGUCCCAGUACUGGACCUGGUUUUAAAUGUCAAGUUAAAUGUGAGAUUCAGUUGGUUUGGGUCAGACCCAUUUUUUCCUCCUUCAGCUUCAGGUGUGUUCUGCUCAGAUAAGUUAACAGGAAGUAAGAGGAAGUCCCCAGAUUUACAGUAGCCAGUUUAAAUGUGUUGAUAUGUUUCUCCUUUUUAAAAUCGAUGUUGAAAUCCAAGCAGCAAAAACAUUAUUCAUGUUAGAUCAGUCAAGUGCUGCACUAACUAAAAGGUUCUUUUAAAGAUACCUAAUUGAAGUACAAAAACAAAACACAGAGCCACUGAUUCACUUGUUAUCGGACCAGAUGUCGUAUACCUUAUCUGUUUCUGGGGCUUCCUGGCUCCACGUCGUUACAGUUGAGGUGCGUGGACGUUUCUUUGUGGUGCUAACAGGAAAUGGGGUUCUGGUUUUUCCAGCACAUUCAGUUUUAUCUCUCCAUCGGCCUCGUGUCUGUUUCGGAGAUUGCUUUCGAUUUUUUUGUUGUAUGUGAAUGGAAUCGUUGAUCUUUCCUCGACCACACACACUAACUGCUCGGCAGUGACCUCGUUUAUCGUUUAAAUGUCAUCUUUAUGACUAAUUAGUGGACGAGGUCAGGAAUGAAUGAACGUUUAGCAGAAAUCCAGCGAAAUCUCAAGACCUCCAAAUACAGCUUCUUAUCUCCUUUUAGCACCACGAAUGAAACCUUCCCUCUCACAUAUCUCAAAUAUAUCGUAACAGAGGCAGAAGUCCCAAAGAUUAAUGCAUUAAAAAGUACCCCUGAAUGCUAAGCCCCUUUAUUUCUGGGAAUGUUAACCCCACAGAGCACAUGUGCUCUGUGUCAUUUAGUAUCUGCUAUUGGCCCUUUUGCUUUACAAGCACACUGAUCAGCUCAGUUGGUAUAUUUGCACACCGAGACAAACUCACACACGCACUGAAACCUCUGGAGACACACCGACGAUGGUCGGUUAAACAUCCGAGCCUGUUGACGACACCCUGGGCAGGAUAUUUUCGCUGGUGUCGGAGCUUUGGCAGGGAGACUGAUGCAUGUGUACAUUUAUCUCCUGCUUCUUGUUGGUUUGUGCAAGCUUGUUUUUCCUCAGUAUUCCUCUUUUUUCACGUUUCCUCCCCUUUUUGUUCUUGUAUAAAAGCAGGAUUGUGAAAAAAAGAACCAUAAAGACAGAGUUUUAUCCCUGCUGAAACCGUAACGGGAUCGAGUUCGUGUCUGAGGGUGACGUCACGUCUGUGCGCGAGUGCCUCGACUCACCACGAAUCACAUCUUCUGCAAAUCUGGAACUUUUAGGUAUUUUCUAUUGAAUGCAGUAACUUAUGGGCCAGUACUAUAUUUACUCAGUGCAAUGCAGUUAUCAUUAUAAUAAUACAAUUAUUAAUAAUAUUUUUCUUUUUUGUAUUUGUACAGAACAAAUGUGUAAAGAUCAGUGAGGAAAACGUGAGCUUUUUGAUACUGUGACUCAUGGUGUUUAAAAGUCAGUUUCUCCCUGUACAGUUGUGAUUAUUUUCCCCUCCCUUUCUUCUUCUUUUAUAGAAUAAAACAUGUUUUUGGUGCAAUUUAA